AAGAGUUUUCCCGCGCUGUUAAAACAACGCACCGUACUGUCAACCUGUAGUUGCAGCAAGAUUUAACAUAAUUGUACAAUCGGUACCGGUUACCGUUACUUUAUUGCCAGGCGAUGCCGUCCUCAGAUUAUGACCAAGCUUCUCUGCCGGACUUACUACCGCUGUACUACCGGCGGCUGUUCCCCUUCUCCCAGUACUAUCGCUGGCUAAACUAUGGAGGAGUGCAGAAGAACUACUUUCAGAAUCGAGAGUUCUCCUUCACACUCAAAGAUGACAUCUAUGUUCGCUACCAGUCCUUCAGCACCCAGAAUGAGCUGGAGAAGGAAAUGCAGAAGAUGAACCCUUACAAGAUUGACAUUGGAGCAAUAUACAGCCAUAGGCCGAAUCAACACAACACAGUGAAGUCAGGAACCUUCCAGGCGCUGGAGAAGGAGCUGGUGUUUGAUAUUGAUAUGACAGAUUAUGAUGAUGUCAGGAGCUGUUGCAGUGCUGCAGACAUUUGUUCCAAGUGCUGGACCCUGAUGACCAUCGCUAUUCGUAUCCUGGACAGAGCUCUUCGAGAGGACUUUGGUUUCCAGCACCUGCUGUGGGUUUAUUCUGGCAGAAGAGGAGUGCAUUGCUGGGUGUGUGAUGAAGCUGCCAGGAAGCUCUCUGUAGCUGCACGCUCUGCUGUUGCAGAAUACCUGAGCCUGGUGAAGGGUGGUGAAGAGACAGUGAAGAAAGUCGUGCUGCUGGAUCCAAUUCAUCCUUUUAUCAGAGAAUCUUUAUCAGUGGUGGAAGACUACUUUACCCAGUACGCUCUACACGAACAGGAGAUCCUGAGCCGCAAGGAAUCUGUAGACAAAGUGCUCGCACUUGUGCCUGAAGAUGUUAGAAAAGACUUGCAGCAGGACUUCCAAAAUGAGAAGAAACCUGAGAAUCGUUGGAAACUGGUCAAGGAUCAAGCCAAUAGGAAAAAGGCCACUUCCAAGAAGGGACACCACUUUGAGAAAGAAAUCAUGCUGCAGUACUGUUACCCGCGGCUGGAUGUGAAUGUCAGUAAAGGUGUGAACCAUUUGCUGAAGAGCCCCUUCAGUGUCCACCCCAAAACAGGACGCAUUUCUGUUCCCAUUGACCUCAAAGAAUUAGAUACGUUUGAUCCUUUUGCUGUGCCCACAAUCAGUCUGAUCUGUGAGGAGCUGGAUCGGCCCAGAACAGGAGAAGAGGAGUCAGAGGACAUGGAGGAGAAGGAAAAUGAGAAGGAUGCAACAGAGAGACGAAAGAUCAGAGAUUACAAAAGAACCAGUCUGGCGAAGUACGUGAAAUACUUUGAUCGGUUUCUGGAUGGAAUGGCUCGGACAUGGAAAGGAGAACUUCUCAAAAAGAGUGAUCUUGAGAAAGAAUUCUGAACUGGAUCAACAAUCAGAGAGUGAUGCACUUCUGAACUGGCACUGUUAAUAGCUUGCUAUUAAUCACUCUCCUGUUGUCAUGUUGUAGUUGAAUACUGCUGUUUUUCUGAUGAACAAUAAUUUCGUUCAGAUCUGUUUUAUUACACUCUUCAUUAACAGAAGAAGAAAUUAAGUAGUAAUAUGUUCAUAAAUUAUAGUAAAUCCUCUCUUUGGUGUGGUGAUUUUUCCCAAUACAAUUCCAAUUUUAUAUUGUUUGUCUACAUGUUGCCUAUAUUCUGCUACUGUACAGUCAUUUGUGAAAAUAAAUUUGGUAUUUCUACUCUU